AUGACGACUGCAGCCGCUGUGAAGGCGCUCAUGCUAGUGGCAUCAUGCGAUGUUUCUAGCGCAUUUGUCGCAGUGCUACAUGCUUCACCACAGAUAAAGGCUUCUGUAGCCUUGACCAGCGACUUCCAUGCUCGGUCCAUGAAGGAUAGCCGCAGUUGGCUGGGACCGCCGCAGAUGAUGGGUAGUUACGUCCGCUGCAGACAGUCAGUAAGAUCCCGAGAGCCGGACACAGAGGACAGUUACCUCCUGCAGUCUCAGCUGCGCGCAAUCUUUCUAUCUCAGUCUCUCUCGUUGUUUGCCGAUAAGAUGUGGGACUUUGCAAUCCCUUUCUUCCUCCUCGCCUUGAAUCGCGCGGACUCUACGUCCUUUGCUCUCAUCUAUGCCCUUGUGACAGGAGUCGCCAACAUUGCCGGGUGUCCCAUAGUUCGCUACUUCACGGAGAAGUACUCUCGCAUGGAAACCAUCACCUUCUGUCUGUGGCUUCAGAUCUCUCUAGUAGUCUCCUCCCUGCUUCUGUUACGUCUAGCGUUCUUCCUGCAAACCUACUCGGUGCUGCUCUUCUACCUCAUGGUCUCUCUGGUCACCGUCACCUGCUCGCUCGCCAGCCUUGCGAGCUUUGCCAGCAACUUUGCGGUGGAGAGAGACUGGCUCAAGUGCCUGACAGGGAGGAAUGAAGAGAAGCUUCAGCAGUCAGACCUUAUCUUGAGAAGAAUCACUCUGGUCUGCCGUGUCCUCGCUCCCAUCAGCGUUGGUUUCCUGCUUGCUUCCUUCUCAGCACAAGUGGCGGCAGCAGGAAUCGCAUUCUGGACGCUUGUCAGCACGUGUAUCGAGUACUCCCUUCUCCGGGACGUCUACCUGACCAGCCCCAACCUUUCUCUUCCAAGGACGAGACCAUUCAGCAAGCAUGAUGCGUUUGGUAGGAGCCCUCAGGUGGAAGGGAGGAGGGGAGGAGAGAUUCUUUCCCCCACCCAGACGCUGGUGCGAGUACGAGGACGCCAACGGUGGUGGCUGGCCUACAAGGCCUCAUGGAGAGAGUAUAUGGACCUGGACGGUUGGACGCUCCUUGCCGCAUGCGUCUUCUGA